AUGCGAAAGGGAAAGUUUCUCAUUGUGAACGAGCCAAACGGCGAGGCGGCCGAGCAGAAACUUCGAAUUCCGGCUGAAGUCUGCGACAUCUUUCCGGCGCAAGUGUACAUUCCGCGUGUGAGUUGAUAUCGAACUCUAAAACGUAUACUCAAAGCAUGAUUUUUCUUUCAGCUCGAAAAAGGGCUCAAAGGAGUCUACUGCGUUAUGCUCAGUCUGGUCCUCCUCACUAUUCUCAUUCUUAUGACCACUUUUUUCAGCAAUGGAUACUUGAUCCCGGUGAGGGUAUAGAAAUUUUUCUUGCUCAAAUUAAUACUUUGCAGAUCGUUAUCGAAGGCUUUUUUCUCAUUAUGUAUGUGAAAGAGCACGUUUCUGUGCUUUUCUAUCAUCUGAUCUACCUGGUAAGUAUGGCUCUAAACUAUCCGUAAAACAGACUGCUUUUUCAGAUGAUCAAUUUGUGCGGUGCUUUAGUCUGUUGUGUCAUUGGCGUCCUUCCCGAUAAUUCCGGAACUCGUCAAGAUAUGAACAAUGUUCUCCCUACUACCGACAGACGCAUUCUUUGUGUGUCCGCUCUCGCCUUCGGACUCUGUACGAAAUAGUUCCAGAAACCCUCGAAACAUUUCUUAAUUUCCAGUCACAUGCUUCCGUCUGGUGCUUAUGAUUGAAUACAGCAUUUGCCUGUACUAUUCGAACCUCCGCGACAAGUUCAAGAAGGGAAAAGUCAUUCUCCAGCCUCUGUAA